AUGAAAAACAUAUAUAUAUAUAAAGAAAAACAAAAAAAAAAAAAAAAGAGCCCGCACUCCUUUCUCCCCAACUCCUUUCCUUUGAUGCCAUUACCCUCUACCUGCUCCUCUUUGGAUCCUAUAAACCUCUUUGUCUUUUCUUGCCUGCUGGGCAUUCACGACUGCUCUAUGCUCGUUUAUUUUGACUGCUGGAUGGUCUUCUCCACACUUCUUCCGUUCCUACCACUAUUCUCUGUUUCCACGGCUUACCCGCGAUUGUCGAUAAUUGAAUGUGCAUGUCUAGACAGGGCUCUGGACAUAGAGGCCUCCAGUCCUUUCCUUGCAGACAUUCUUCUUCCGACAACAUCUUGCAGCUAUGCCAUUCCAGCUUCGUCCCUUUCUUAGUUUCCCUUUCUCAAUACUUGUUAUUUUCUCGGAUUUGUUUUGUUUACAUAGGAAGGUAUCCUCGACUUCGUCCUCAUCUUAUUCUUGGGUUUGGAGACUAUUGUUUAUAAAGAUCUGGUUUUGCCUCGCGGCUAAUUCGCAUUUCCCUUGUGAUUUACAAUUCAUUGCAGCUUUGAAAGGAAAUGCUUUGUGUUAAUAAUAUCCGAGUUCAAAUUUAUAUUUGAAGAAUAUU